AUGGGGACUAGGGAAGAGCCAGUGUCUUGGGCCAAUUUCAGGAUUCGUUUCCUGGAGAAGUACUUUCCAGAUACAGCAAGACAGGACAGGGAGGCUGAAUUCCUGGCAUUGCAGCAAGGAGACAUGACAGUGGAGGAGUAUGUUAACAAAUUUGAGCACUUGGCGAGGUAUUCCUCACAGAACAUCAUCGAGGAGUGGAAAUGUUUAAAGUUUGAGCGAGGACUCAGACAUGAGCUAAAGAGGGUGGUAACACCUUUGAGAGAGAGAAGAUUUCCUGUUUUGGUGGAACAGGCCAAGAGUGCGGAGCACCUUGAGGAGAGCCCUGGUCCCGUUGUAAGCAAACAUCAGAAAAAUGUCGUUGAGGCUAGGCAGAUGAAAAAUCCUUAUAGCAAACCACAGACAUCCCAGGGUCCCUCUUGCUACCAGUGUGGUGGACCCCAUCAGAAAAGGAAUUGUCCUCAGCUGGUAGGUGGAGUAGGAGGGUCAGGCGACCGUUGCAAGUGCUUUAUAGGCGACAAACCGGGACACUUCGCCAACAAUUGCCUAGAAAAAAAGAGUCUUGGCGCGAAGAAACCAGCAGCAUCACUAGCAGAACGAGCUAGAGCAGCUGGCAGAGUCUUUGCCCUGACCACCACCGAGGCUACACAGUUGGGUAAUCUUAUUCUUGAACCUUGUGUAUUGUUUGGUAAAGUAGUAUUGGUAUUGUUUGAUUAUGGAGCAACACAUUCCUUUAUUUCUGAUGCAUGUGUGACAAAACUGAGCUUGGAGAAACGUGACUUGGAUUGUGAGUUGUUGGUUUCAACUCCAUCUUCGGGUCAGGUGGCUACCAGUUCGGUCUGUGUAGGUUAUUUAAUGGAAGUGGUGGGCCGUGGGUUCAAGUGA